UCCUUGCGUAUGACGGCCGGUUUUCCCUUUGCUGAGACGGGGAUUCUGCAUAACAUCGGGUGAUUUCAAUAAAAAACUUUCGCGAUCCGUUUCGUUGGUUGGUGUCGUUGUUGCCAUUGCUUCUGUCACUUUCACAGCCCUUCUCUACAAUCCGACAAUUUGUUAUCCGCUGCUGUUGUCGUCAUCGUCGUCGUUGUCGUCGUCGUCGUCGUUGUCGUCGUCGGUAGUGUCUAUGGAAUAACGUUUCUGGGUAGGGAAUAAAGAAAAGUACCACGCCCAAGACUACGCAUAUCAGCUUUAUUUUGCUGGUUGGUUUUUCCGGAAGUGGUGGUAGCCAAAAUCAUAAGAAUAGUCGAUCCUUCGCACGGAAUAACAAAAACCAUGAAGUGUGCUGGGAGGUGAGAAUUAGCUGUCACUUGCAGGAAUCCCGUUCACUCGCCUCUCAUGGGAAAGUGCUUACAAUGAAUCCGAUUAGUACACAUGCCGCCUGUUUGGAGGCGCGUGAUAAGUAAUCGUAGUAAAUUGAAUGGUGACUUGAUUUUGAUAGUGUGCCUGUUCCAGCUUAUGUGUGAAUUAUCAUCACCAACGGAAAAUUGAAGAGCAACAUCAAAAUAGCACAAACAGGGGCAUCAAGGAUGCGCUGUUGGUUUGAUCCUUGGAUUUUGCUGUGGGUUGUUCCGCUUCUAGUUGAAGAAUGUCGCCAAGUUGUGGCACUGCGUUUAACCGACAUCAACGUACCCGAGAUUGUGGAUUAUCGGGCGACCGUUACGCUGUCCUGUUCGUACGACCUGGGUCCCCACCAGCUGAACUCGGUCAAGUGGUACAAAGGGAAUCAGGAAUUUUACAGAUACGCUCCGAUGCUCAAUCCGAAAACGAAAACCUUUCCGGUGGAGGGUGUCGUGAUUGCCCACGAGAACCUAUGCAACCAGUACCUGUGCCAGAUUCGGUUGACCAGUCUGGAGCGGCGUUCCAGUGGUGAUUAUCGGUGUGAAAUUUCCGGCGAUGCUCCCAAAUUCGCCCUUGCCAACGGAAGUAGAAAUAUGACAGUGGAAGUCCUGCCGCAGCAUGACCCAAUCAUUAGUGGUCUGGCUGCCACCUACUAUCCGGGAGAAACCAUUGAGGCCAACUGCACUUCGGACAUGUCGAGUCUGGGGACGCGGUUGUACUUUUUCGUCAAUGAAAAAGCGGUUCCCAUCGAGUACUUGCUGCCGGCACAAGAGACGAGCCUUGAAAGCGACAAUUUUGUGCUGCGAUACCGAAUCCUGGAAAUGCACCUUCCGGUCGAUCGACUAUUUCCCAAAGGGGUUGAUCGCACCAUUUUACACGUCAAGUGCAUCGACGCGAUUGAUGCCGUUCGCACAGCCGGACGCGAAACAACGACGCGGGUUGCUGUGCAGAGCCAUCGUUGGUCGUGGAUCAUCGGUGGGAUGAGUAGCGGCGGCGGCGGCAGCGGCGGAAGCUUAUCGCGGAUCCCGUUCCUUGCGAGGAUUGAAUUCGCACCCCUACUGCUAAUGCUAAUCACAAAAUUGUUCAUCCUUCCACCAGCACCGUUUCUAGCGCAUUGCUAGGGCACUCGGCAAGACAUCCCGCAGAUUCACCCCGGAAAAGAACCUUGGAUAACACACGCCUACACACGUAUUUUUGGCCCGGCCAAUUUUCAUCAGCGAGAAUGGCAUCGCUCAACAACAGCUAAUUCAAUCCACAAAGUUUGCACCGGCACAUAAUGUUCUUGUUCCUGUCUGAAAGGGGCGGGCGAAACGAAAUCGUACCUACCGAUCCCUUAAAGUGUACGUGAAUUUUCGUGAAUUACGUGAUUUUCACCCUUUUGGGAUAAUUAUUUGCAUAAUAAUCAGUCGAGCGGGAGCGGGAGGGGGAGCGGGAUUCGAAUGGGAACUACGGAUUAGCACCACACGUGUGUGUGUGAUUUCGAAAGGCAGCAAGGCAAAUAAGUUUUUCCGCUUUUCCAUUGAAGUCACGGAGAAAAGUUAGCGAACAGACAACGUACGCGAAGGAAAAGGGAGAGAGGAGAAAAAAAAACAGGAAAUCAGUUUUCUAUCGAAAUUAAAUGUUCCGCAGGAAUAGGGCUCCGUACAUUUUGCGCUUACUAAACUGUGUAUCUGAGAUGGCCGAGAGAAAGUUUUUAUGCGAGCGUAACGAAGGGAAAAGUUUUAAUAAAGUUACAGGGGAAAAUAAGCUUGAUGUAUAAAAUAUCAGAUUGUGAAUAUUGAUUUGUAUCCGACCCGUCGGAUCUGCCUAGAAGCGUUCCGAUGUGCAGAACGGCCGGGAGAUGGGCCGCGCCGUUGGCUCAAGAAAAAUAAAAUUUCACAUGGCUGAAAAGAGACAAACAAAAAAGUUACUAACUUAAA